AUGAGAGGGCACUUGGAAACGUACUCCUUAGAGGCACCUAAGCUUCUAGCUGCUCUGUCUCCUACCUGCCUGGCUCAGCAACCCCCAACCCCCAGGACAGGGGAUCUCAGCAAGUGGUCCAGGCCCUUGAGCCUGCAGGAAGUGGAUAAGCGGUUGCAGCAUCCACUGUGGGUCAAAUGUGCCAGAGCAAAGGUCGACAAGAGCGGCAGAAAAGUGCUGACGCCCACCCAGGUUAAGAACCAGCCCACCAGUGUUGUGCAGUUUGGCCUUGAUGCAGGUAAACUCUACACCUUAGUCCUGACAGACCUGGAUGCUCCCAGCAGAAAGGACCCUAAAUACAGGGAAUGGCACCAUUUUCUAGUGGUCAACAUGAAAGGCAAUGAUAGCAGCAGCAGCAGCACAGUUCUCUCUGGUGCUGUGCACUCUGGGCCUCAGGGCACAGGCCUGUACCCAUACGCCUGGCUGGCUAAUGCGCAGGACCGGCAGCUGAAGUGUGAGGAACCCAUUCUCAGCAAUCAAUCUGGAGAUCAUCGUGGCAAACUGAGGGUGGCCUCUUUCCGCAAAAAGUACCAGCAGGGGCCUCUGAUGACCAGCACAUGUUAUGAGGCAGAAUGGCAUGACUAUAUCCCCAAACUCGAUGAGCCCCCAUUUGGGAACAGGGGGAAGCCAGGAGGCAGAACAGCUCCAGAGGCUGCACUACUGUCAAGUUCAGUGAGACAUGUAGAUUUCUCCUCUUCCCUGCUCCCAUUCUGA